AUGGUUCGUGCAAUGUCCGAUGCUCACCUAGCAAGCACAUCAGGCUCCGAGAAGGCAAAUAACCACCUGUCCUCAAGGCGCUCUUUGCUUCCCCAACUAGCAGAUGAGUCGUCUCAGUACGAUCACGAUCCUGAUUUCGACGGUUUAUCAUCCAGUGACGUUCACAAGAAAGCCGACGCUAACUCUGACCACCAAUCAGAAGCGAGUUGUUGGAAGCAGCAGAAGGACUCCAUAGCUCACCUCCUCGAAGACGUAGGAAAAUAUCGACGAUCGCUUGUGUGGACAAGAGUGUUUUCCACAAGUGAUGAAAUUAUGACAAAGAAGAAGAACGGAAUAAAAAGAAUGAUCAGCGGAACGUCGAAACUCGUGAAAACCACAACAAGAGGUGUUUAUCUUGUAUCUAUUGUCUAUAAAAAUGGAAAAAUUCUAUGCACGAACGACGACUGCAUUCCAAUGUUGUCCGUUGACGAGGCCGUGACUACCAUAUCGUGCGAACACCAUUACUGGCUUUUGAAAAUGUCAUGGUGUUGGGAAUACAUAAGCGGUAUGAUCGACUCGAAUCCCAACAAUUACGAUAACAGCGAGUGUCUGACUUUUCGUUCGAAACUGAUGAGUGCAGUAUCUUCGAUGCGUUCAGUGCUUGGUUUGGAUAACAUUGGCCACCUACAUCAUGUUCCUAUUAUUCAUGAUGACACCGUUUUUCUAGUCACGGUUCGAUUCUUAGAUCUCGACCAUCGUGUACAGGGUGUUAACUUAAAAUGGCUACCGUUUCAAAAGGUGCUGAGAAAGAAGUCGAGUAGCUCUGCACAGACUACACUCGUACGUGAAGUUUUAAAUAUCACUAGUUUCUCAAGGAACAGUAGAGUGACAUUGAAGAGAGGCCUAUAUCUAUGUUAUAUGAAGCUGAGCUGCUCCUUAAAUGCAGUACAUAUCGCCGUCACGAACAGUUUGCCGUCCUUCCUCCCGUACGCACUUGUUCGAGAUGAUCCUAACGUCACGCAGGAAGAAUGGGAAUAUAUCAAGGCAUCGGACACGGACCCAGACUUCGUUCCCUCUGCUAACCAGAUAAAAUUCCAAGCGGCUCUCUCAUCUGCGAUUCAUACACUCUUCCAUGAUCUCGAUAUUGAUUCGGAUAUUGUGCCAGGACAUCGGCUGUACAGUGCUGAAAUACUGAAACCUAAUGGCAACAUUUCCCUAAUACUGAUUCUCCCUAGACCUGAUGAUGUAUGUUCGGCACCGUCAGGGCUUCUUCAAGUACAGUCACAGCUUCAUCGUAAAUGUGAUUCUCUUCCAAUUGCUGCCUUCGAAAUCAUUCAUCAGUCUACUUAUCAGCCGGAAUUCUUCAUAACGUACUGCCGCCUUUCCAUAUUCCUGGAGCAUUAUCUCAUG